CCUCAGCCAACUUACAAGGGGUCCAUUCUUACUCCUGAUCAAAGUGUACCAUACAGCACAUCUCCUGACAAUUUUGAUGACGAACCGCCUCUCAUGGAAGAGCUUGGAAUCAAUUUUGAGCAUAUUUGUCACAAGACCUUAUCAGUAUUGAAUCCUCUGAAGCAGCCGGAUGCAACAAUCAUGCAGGACACUGACCUGGCUGGCCCUCUGGUCUUCUGUCUGGCUCUUGGAGCAACUCUUCUACUGGCUGGUAAGGUACACUUUGGUUACAUAUACGGGAUUGGAGUAGUUGGCUGUCUGGCCAUGUACGCCCUGCUUAAUCUUAUGAGUCUGUCAAGUGUGUCUGUUAGCUGCAUCGUCAGUGUACUUGGCUACUGUCUCCUCCCCAUGGUCAUUUUAUCAUUUAUUGCUGUUUGGAUUUCGUUGCAAGGACUAGCUGGAACGGUCAUGACAGUUGUUGCAGUUUUGUGGUGCAGUGUGUCGGCUUCCAAACUUUUCGUCAGCGCAUUGUCAAUGGACCAUCAACAGUUUCUCGUGGCUUAUCCUUGUGCACUUGUCUAUGGAAUAUUUGCUUUGUUGACUGUAUUUUAG